CGAUCAUCCACUAGACCGGGCACACGCAUGAGAUACAGAACAACUUUUAAGAAGAUCGCUUUUCAGGACAUACCCGUUUCCCUGAUUUUCCAGGGAGUCCUUAGCGAUGGAGGUGCUACAGUGCGAUGGCUGUGACUUCCGUGCAGAGUCCUAUGAUGAGCUGAAGGCACACAUCCAAGAUGUCCACACAGCCUUUCUGCAGCCUACAGAGGUUGGUGACGGGACGCCCAACCAGUCUAGGUCAAACUCUCUGAACUCCCUCAGCCACACAGAGGAGGAUGAGGAGGACAUGAUGGCUUCAAAUAACAAUUAUGAAUCUUCACACAAAGAAGCAGGCCUAAACUCCUUUGACUUAGAUACAGGGCACUUUUCCAGUUCUAACCAAAUGGUAUAUAACCAGUCCAGUAAGUCAGGAAACCAGUUUUUCCAGUGUAAGUUCUGUGUCCGCUACUUCAGAUCAAAAUCCCUCCUUAAUGAGCACUCCAGGAAGGUUCAUGGCAUUCUUAGUGAAGCCUCUCCAUCCCAUGAGAACUCACCUGGUUUGCAUACUUCCAAACAAUCCAGUUACAAUAUAGUAAUGCAUGACAGCCUUGGAAAAGUAUUCUCUUGUCAGUACUGCACAUACAAAUCUCCUCGCAAAGCCAGGAUUCUGAAACACCAAAAAGUGUAUCACAAGGAUUGUUUUCUGGGCCCUCCAGGCUCUCCCUCUGAGGCAGAGACUGAGGGUGCACCUGUGGAUGCUGAAUCUGAUGCCUUAUCUGCUGAGGAACAUUGUGAUGAAUUGAAUGAGGAUGCUGUAGAGUGUGAUGUUUUGGAAUCCAUAGUGAAACCCCAGCCCAGAGGGACCUUUACAUGCAAGUGGUGUGAUUACCAGGCAGUGCAAAGGGAGCAGAUGUGUGAUCACAUGAUGCAGAAGCAUCGCAACAUGGUGAAAAUUGUAUCAUCUUUGCAACAUCCUGAGGGAGAGGGUAGUGGAGGAUCUUCCAAAUGUGAGUCUCCCUCUUCGCCAGGAAGCAACCCAACACCCAAUUUGAUAUCAAAUGAUCUAGGUGGGAGUGAUGGUUCCAAAGUUACUUCUGGGAAUGCAUUGUUUAAGUCCACAUCAGGAAUGUCCACUUAUCAGUAUUCUCAGAUCACAGCAAAAGUGCCCAACAGCACAGGAUCUUCCAUACUGUCAGAGAGAUCAACAUUUGUCACAUCAGAUAUGUCAAACUCUGGUAUAGAUCUGGAAUCCAGUAUGUUGAACAAUUCUGGAAGCAGCUCAGAUGACGAACUCUGUGACAUGGAUGAUCCCAAUUACACAGACCCCUUGUCAGCUGAGGAUUCCACUAAGCUGCUUCUGUCCGAGGAGGAUAAUAAAUUGCUUGAGACAAAAGGGAUCCCGUUCAGGAGACAUAUGAAUAGGUUCCAGUGCCCCUUCUGUUCCUUUCUUACCAUGCAUCGGCGGAGCAUCUCUCGUCACAUAGAGAAUAUACACAUGUCUGGCAAGGCCACAGUAUAUAAAUGUGAUGAGUGUCCUUUCAUUUGCACCAGCCCUCUUAAAUUAGGCACACACAAGCAAUGUCACGGUGGCUCCUCCUCAGACUGGGACACCAUGGACUUAACAAAUGAAAGCCCAGAUGCUGAGAAUGAAGGAUCUGAGCCCAUGAAUGGUGGAAAUGGCAGCUCCAAAGUCAAUGGCAAAAAAUCUAGUGCUGUUAUCGAUCAACAAAAUCCUCAUCAUUGCAUGCUCUGCAACUUCUCCUCUAGUACACUAAAAGGUUUGCGAGUCCACCAGCAACAUAAGCAUUCUUAUUGUGAUGAAAUGCAAGCCAACAGUCUAGAGGGCUCAUCAAACGAGCAACAGGACUCUGAAUCAGAGGCAUACAACUCACCAAACUUUGUACAAAAAACUCAAACAUCAAUCCUUGGAUUUUCAUCCAAAAAGCACCUUAUUAGCAAGACGGCAAGGAAGUCCAUCAAUGACCUACCUUUAGAUUUGUCACCUGUGAAGAAAAGAACAAGAAUUGAUGAAAUUGCUAACAACCUACAGAGCAAGAUUAGUCAAAGCCAACAGCAGGAGGAUAUGGUGAUCAAUCUUGAGGAGAUGGAUGACGAAGAGGAUGAAAACAACUUUGAGGUAGAUAUAGACAAAGACAAAGAUGAUUCUAGCCUUCAAAAUCAAGGUUACAGAUAUAACUCACAUCUAUACAUAAGGAAGUUGGGUGGCACUCUGGAGGAACGUGGUGUUGGAAAAAGGAAACGCAGCAUGCAAUCAAAGGUAAGCUCACGAAACCUUACCAUGCCAGUCACUCUCUCUGAUGACGAGGACAACAGUUACAGUGCAUCAUUGGAAGCUAAAGAUCUCCAAGAUCAAAGCAGUCAAGACAGCAGAGACACUUAUCAGGAAAAUAUUGAGUACACUGAGCAACCUGGGAACCUUUUCUACUGCAAACACUGUGAUUACCACAACAAGUCUGCCCGCAGUGUCAGUACACAUUACCAGAGAAUGCAUCCCUACAUUAAGUUUAGCUUUAGAUACAUCCUUGAUCCAGAGGAUCAGAGUGCAGUCUUCCGUUGUCUGGAGUGCUUCAUUGAAUACAAUAACUUCAGUGACCUUCACCAACACUACAUGGAUCAUCACCCUGAAGCCAGCAAUGUUUUGAACUUCAAUCAGCCAGACUUGGUCUACAUGUGCCGCUUCUGUUCAUACACCAGUCCAAAUGUACGAAGCCUGAUGCCCCACUACCAAAGAAUGCAUCCCACGGUGAAAAUCAACAAUGCUAUGAUUUUCUCCAGCUAUAUGGUCGAUCAGCGUCAGAAAGGAACGGGCGAGUCUCAAACACUGAGAGAGAUAUUGAAUUCUGGUCCUAAAAGUUUCACCUCCUCCUCAUCCAGGUCCUCAUCUAGCCCUGCUCUCAAAAGCAUCUCCAAGGUUCCAGAUUUGACUGUGGAGGCAGAAGCUUAUAAGGAAACCCUUGGUGGUAAUGUUGUUGUGUAUGACUGUGACAUGUGUUCUUUUGCCAGCCCCAAUAUGCACUCAGUGCUGGUCCACUAUCAAAAGAAGCACCCAGAACAAAAAGCCUCAUACUUCAGAAUACAGAAAACAAUGAGGGUAAUUUCAGUUGAUAAGCCACAGACCUCAAAUAACUCCACCUUUAACCUUUCUAGUACUCCAAAAUCCUCAAACCUUAUCAUGCCAUUAGGUUUAGAUGAAGAGGUUUUCUACUGCAAACACUGUGUCUACAACAACCGGUCAGUUGUAGGUGUUCUAGUCCAUUACCAAAAGCGGCACCCAGAAAUCAAAGUAACAGCGAAGUACAUCAAGCACGCACCUCCCACUCCUGGCUUGCUGAAGCUCAUGGACGAAUUGCAAAUUGCACCCCCCAAGCAGUUCCUAAAGCAGUUCAGCAACAAUGGUGUUGACAACCCCAACAAUGCCCACCUUAAAGGAAGUACAGACAAAGGAGAGGCUGAGAUGCUGUUCUUCUGCCAACAUUGCGACUAUGGAAACCGCACUGUUAAAGGUGUGUUGAUUCAUUACCAAAAGAAGCAUAGGGAUGUGAAAGCGAAUGCUGACCUGGUUCGCAGACACACAGCUGUGGUGCGCAGUCAAAGAGAAAGGGCCCAGAUGAUUCAAACAGGCAGCUCCACAUCUACGACCACCACAGUUACUGAUACAGACAAGUCCAGAGGACUGAGAUCCUUAAAGUGCAGGCAUUGCACUUACACAUCUCCAUAUGUAUAUGCUUUGAAAAAGCAUUUGAAGAAGGAUCAUCCUACUGUGAAAGCUACAGCCAUGACGAUCUUACAAUGGGCGUAUCAAGAUGGUAUCUUAGAGGCUGGUUAUCACUGUGAGUGGUGCAUCUACUCGCAUGCUGAGCCCAAUGGGCUGCUCAUGCAUUACCAAAGACGUCAUCCAGAGCACAAUGUUGACUUCACGUAUAUGGCCAGCAAGCUGUGGGCAGGUCCUGACUCUUCCACUUCCAGACAAGGGGGAAACUCAGACACAAAGCACUACCAGUGCAGGGAUUGUGCCUUUGAGGCUUGUUCCAUUUGGGAUAUCACCAACCACUACCAAGCUGUUCACCCUUGGGCCAUUAAAGGGGACGAGUCUGUUCUACUUGACAUCAUCAAAGGCAACCAUUCAUCUGAGAAGCUGCUGCCUUCAUUGGCCAGAGGAUAUGUUUCUAGUCCAUUCAACAGUCAUCAGGCAGAUCGGAGUGAAGGUGCGAUGGAGAUUAGCAGACCUUCUCAAGAGCGCCCCUCUCACCUUUCCUUUACAACCACCUCGAUUUCAAACAACCCAUACCAGUGCACUGUGUGUCUGUCUGAGUAUAACAGCCUUCAUGGACUUUUGACCCACUAUGGUAAAAAGCACCCAGGCAUGAAAGUUAAAGCUGCUGACUUUGCACAAGAAGCAGACAUCAACCCUAGCUCAGUUUAUAAGUGCCGUCACUGUCCUUACGUGAACUCCCGUAUCCAUGGAGUCCUAACCCACUAUCAGAAACGACAUCCAUUGGUCAAAGUCACAGCAGAGGACUUUGCUGAUGACAUAGAGCCAAUGAAAGAUCUGAUAAAUGAUGGAGAUGAAAAGUGCAAAACCCAGAGGCAGGGUUAUGGUGCUUAUAGAUGCAAGAUGUGUCCUUACACCCAUGGCACUUUAGAGAAGCUUAAAAUACAUUAUGAGAAAUAUCACAAUCAGCCAGCCUCAGACAUGUUCAAACCAGCCCUCAUGCAGUCCUCGUCCAACAAAGAGGAACCUGUUGGUGAAUGUAGUGCUAGAAGUGUGACAGACGGCCAGGAGGGAUGCAACUUUGACCUUGCCCUCCCCCAGUUUGAAAAGGGGGAGAAGCAUGCAGUGUUCAAAUGUCAGCUCUGCAAGUACUUUUGCUCCACCAGAAAGGGCAUAGCUCGACACUACCGCAUUAAGCACAACAAUGUUCGAGCUCAGCCUGAGGGCAAGAACAACGUCUUUAAGUGUGCCCUCUGUGCCUACACAAAUCCCAUCCGCAAAGGCCUGGCAGCACAUUACCAGAAACGGCACAACAUUGAUGCAUAUUACACACAUUGCCUGGCAGCUUCCAAGACCUUGGGUGAGAAGCACAAUAGGGUGAUGGUCCCAGUAGCUCAAGAGGAAGAUGGACCAACAAUGAGUGAAGAGCUCAGACUGGCUGUAGAGAGGAGGAAGUGCUCACUAUGUGCCUUCCAGGCGUUCAGUAGGAAAAGUAUUGUCUCUCACUACAUCAAGCGUCACCCAGGAGUCUUUCCAAAGAAGCAACACUCCAGCAAGCUUGGGCGUUACUUUACUGUGAUCUACCCCAAAGAGCCUGAGCAACCACCUGUAACGGAGGAGAAUGAAGUGGUAGAAGUUAAAGCAGAGAUUGAACCAGAGAAUGAUGUGGAGUGGCUGCCCUUCAAAUGUCUGAAAUGCUUCAAGCUGUCCUUCAACACAGCUGAGUUGCUUUGCAUGCAUUACAAUGACUACCACAGCAAGGAUCUGAAGAGAGAUUUCAUCACCAUUCCCAGCCCUGCGGAGGAUGGGAUAGAGCUCUAUCAGUGUGGCCAUUGCGAAAUCAAGUUUUUGGCCCUCCCAGACCUUGGCAUCCACCUGAUGAAUCACAAUGAGGAGUUCCAAAAGCGAGCGAUGAGGCAGGAGAGGAGGAAGCAGCUUCAGAUCAAACAAAAAGGAGCAGAGUCACCAGAGACCAAAGCAGAGAACAAGUCGGACAGCCAGGGUGAUAAAGCCCCAAUAGGGUACAGGUGCAACUUCUGUGUUGAAGUUCACCCCACCCUCAGAGCCAUCUGCAACCACUUGAGAAAACAUGUACAGUAUGGAGAAGUCAAGGAGGGGCAUGUGAAGCAGGAAGUGGCUGAGAUUCCUGUCUCUAUUCCGAUGGAUGGCCUUGCUAAUGGCAACGUUGAGGAUGCGGUGGCCGUGGAAGUCUCCUCCGAGGUGGACUCACCAGUUGCUGGGGUUCCCGUUGCCAUGGAGACCAAAGAGGCAACAGCAGCGGCAGUGGUGGCAGCAUCCGCAUCACUGGACGCUCCAGUUGGGGGUCAGGAGAAAGAAAGGCUGGUGGGAGGGCACCCCUGUGGUCAGUGUGACCGGGUCUUCAUGUCCAUGCAAGGCCUGCGAUCCCACGAGAGAAGCCACUCUGCCAUGGCCCUGUUCAACAGAGAGGACAAGUACAGCUGCCAGUACUGCCAGUUCGCCUCUCCAUUCAGACACAAUUUGGAUCGUCACGUUCAGUCUCACCAUGGGCAUCAGAAGCCGUUCCGUUGUAAGCUCUGUCCUUUUAAAUCUGCCUACCUGAGCCGCCUCAAGAGUCAUCUACACAAAGCACAUGCAGGAGAGAACACAUAUAAAUGCAUCUCCUGUCCAUUCUCCACCAUGACCAUCAGUCAGCUUAAGGAGCACUCUCUGAGAGAACACGGCGAGACACUCACCCUGUCCAAACUCCGAGCUGGUGCAGCCCUCCGCACGACAAGGCCCCUUAAAGAUUGUGACCCAAACACCCUCACACUCCUUUCUUGCGAGGAGUCUGGGUACCUGGAACCUCCUGAUGUGCAGCAACAACUAAGCCAUUACCAGCUGGCCUCUCGUAGCCAGAGUUCAUCCGGCCUGCCGGACCCCCCCACAGUUGUGUCAGACCCCCCAACCCAGACUCGGCCUGACGGGAUCCUGACCUGCGAGUUCUGUGAGUUCAGCUCAGGCUAUAUGCAGAGCUUACGUCGACACUAUCGAGAUCGUCAUGGUGGCAAGAAACUCUUCAAGUGCAAGGACUGCUCCUUCUUCACCUGCUACAAGUCAACCUUCUCCAUGCACGUGGAGGCAGGGCAUUCGACAGCCCCUGAGGAAGGGCCUAAAGACCUUCGCUGCCCCUUCUGUCUGUAUCACACCAAGUACAAGAGCAAUAUGAUAGACCACAUCGUCCUACACAGAGAGGAACGCGUGGUACCUCUGGAAGUGUGUCGCUCGAAACUGUCUCGUCACCUGCAGGGUGUGGUGUUCCGUUGUCAUAAGUGCACCUUCACCUGCUCCAGCGAUGAGAGUCUUCAACAGCACAUCCACAAACACGAUGAGCUUAAGCCCUACCAGUGCCAGCUCUGUUACUAUGACAGCAAGCACAGAGAGGAAUUGGAGACUCACCUGAGAGAGGAGCACAAGGUGAUCCGUAACUUUGAGAUGAUGGGGCGAGUUAACCUGGACCUGCUGGAGGCUCUUACGGAGAAGAUGAACAGCAUGAGUAGUGCUGAGGAAGAGGAGGGUGAUGAAGGUGUGACUUUGGAGGAAGAGGAGGCAGAGGAAGAGAUAGAGGAAGAAGAGGAGGCAGAAGAGGAAGAGAGAGAGGAGCAGGAAAAAGAUGAAAAGGAGGCAGAGAAGCCAGAGUCAACAGACGUUCCUGUUCCCAGUUCUCCGAGCAGCAGCAGUGUGUGUGUAAACAGUGAGAAACGGUUUCCUUGUGAGUUCUGUGGCCGUUGGUUUACCCUCAGUUCUGAGUUGGAGCGUCACGUCCUCCGACACGGCAUGACUGUUAACAGCAGUAGAACAGACUCCAGCCCCUCCCCUGCAGUAGGAGCAACAGUUCUGCCUCCUGUUGUCUCAGUGACAGCCUUGACAGACAGGGAGAUGGACCUCUCCUGUAACACUACAGAGACUGAGAAAGAAUGCCCAUCUGACCUAUCGAAGAAUCCAUUUCUGAAUGAGGAGGACAAAGAAAUGCUUGAGACCAAAAAGGACCUUUAAAAAAAAUAUGAAGAACACUGUAGUUUCACAAGUCUCUUGUCUUUAGACCAUGUGGUAUGGUUUGAGAAUGUUUUGCUGGGGAAAGAAUAGGCUGCUUAAUGAACACUUACUGAAAAAACAACGUUUUUAAAGAGAUUCUUGUGGUUUGAAGCAUCAUUAGAUUUGAAAUGUUUCAAAUUCUAGGUUGUGUUACAUCCUAUAUGUUUUUGAGUUGCUGAUCCUUAAGAAGUGUGACAUGGUCCCAUAGGACAGAUGCUAAUAUAUUGGUAACCAAUAGUGAAUGAAUCUGUAACCCAAACAUUCAGGUCAAAUCAGUAGUUUCUGUUGCGUUAGUUUUUGCUCUAUUUGUGGGCAUGCUUAACAAUAUGUCUGGGAAUUCCUCGAAGAACAGAAAGUUCCUGAACAUACCUUUUAUUCUGAAGAUUCACAAACAAAACUCUUUGGCUUACAAGGGAGGACUCGUAUGUGUAGGUUCAUUC